AUGCCGGCAAACGUGUACCUUCUGGCCAUUCUGGUCGCACUCGUCCACUUUGCUUCGGCGAAUUUCGACCUAUACCGUAUCCACGGCCAGCAGGAUACCACAGGUUCUCCAUGGGGCACGCAACCCAACGGGUACAUGGUUUUCAACAAUGACCCAACCUGCGACGAUAUCCCCGACCCUGACCAAUUUUGGUGGGAACGUGACGACGUGAGCGGAGACAAGAUCGGCGUUCGUUGCAAGGGCAAGAAAGGCUGCUGGGUCGACGACGUAACCAUCUACAAGGACAAAGGACGCCAGGAAGGCGAUACCUGGAUGUAUCCCAUGCUCCGCGUUGAUAACUCGAAGGCCGGGGAAUGCUUUGCGUAUGGAGGCUAUGGUUGGGACUGCCGGUGGAAGCGCAAUCGUGGUAAGCGGCACCAAUGGGGCCAGCGCAAGUUUCGUUGCAUUACCGGCUACGAAUCGAAGGACUUCAAUGACUGCCAUCACGUAGGCAGGAUUGCGGCUACCAACAACGCUACCGCAAUCAACUCGACGGCGGUUGCUUAG